UCCGUGGUAACCAAUAACAGACCGUUGAAACGGGUUUAUGGAGACAAAUCAAACUGUUCCAGCUUUGACGUCAUGGCUUUACCGUUUCUGCCAGGAAAUUCUCCCAAUAAGCGACUGGGGAAGGAAAGAUUCCACAAAUCCCAACAUUUUGACUAUUCCAAUGGAGUCCCUAUGCUGGUUGGGUUUGAGAAGCCAGGCAUUGGAGGAGAGGAUUUAGUGGGCCAGAAGAUUAAACCAAAGUACUCCGUGUAUCCCACAGGAGAGGGCAGUGGUUCACCAGCAUGGGUAACCUUUGACAAACAGGUUCUGUGUUUUGAUGCGUUCUUCCAGGAGACUGUGCCUGAGGCUCAGUCUGAGACUUACAGGAUCAGAAAGUGUAAGAUCUACUUCUUCCUGGAAGAUGAUACCAUACAGGUGGUGGAGCCGGAGUAUAAGAACAGUGGCAUUCCUCAAGGAACACUCAUUCGUCGCCACCGUAUCCCACUGCCUCCUCCAAACGAAGACCAGUUCUACAACGUUUUCCAUUUCAACAUCAACCAACAGAUGGUGAUGUACUCUCGCACAUUCACUGUGACUGACUGUGACUCUUUUACACGAAACUUUCUCACAAAACUCGGGGUGUACGUAAAUAGCCCUGCCACCGUACCUGAUGACCCCUACAGCAGCCUUCGGGAGCAGCUCGAAAAGAGCAUGCGGCCACUUCGGCCGUAUGAGAGACGCGACACGCGGAGGCAGUUCCUGGACCAUGACCGCGAAGUCCUGUGCUUCAACUGCUUCUGGGAUGAUGGGGAUUCGCGGGAGCUCAUACUGCACUACUUCCUGGCUGAUGAUACCAUCGAGAUCCGGGAGGUGAUCCCCCCGAACUCCGGGAGAGACAAAGUGACCAAAUUCCUUUGCCGCUGCAGACUACCUAAGCAUUUUCCAGCCAAAAUCAAGCAGCCUGGAGAGAUAACAGACCACACGGUGCUCAACGUGCUUACCUCCAGUAUUAUGGGCACUAUGGGGGACCGCUACAUGCUGGACAGCCUCAACACAGGAGCUGUCCACGAGGACUUCUACAAGGACUGUGAUUUGAUUAUAGGUGGGGAAGUGAAUGUGUUUGGCAGGAGAGUAAUCCUCACCGACUGUGAUGACUUCACCAAACACUACUACCGCACCAAAUAUGGCAUAGAGGACUUCACCCCAGUGCAGAACAAAGCUCCGCCAGCCCCCAAGCCCCCGAGGCCUCUGCCCCCCUACAUCGGCUUUGGCUCAGAGGAGGACUCACUAGGCUCCUGCCUGUGCCUCCUGCCCAAGCCCCCGCAGAAAGAUUUCCACAAAUUUAUGGAGAAAGACAGAUACGGCCUGGACAGUAAAGUGCUGACUUUCCGAGCUAAGAUGAUUACGGCUGAUCCAACUGACAGAGAGCGGGUGUUCAUCAUCUCCUUCUACCUCUGCGAUGACACCAUCAGUGUGUUUGAACGCCCACAGAGGAACUCAGGUGUCCUUGGUGGUAGGUUUCUGGCGCGUGGUCGUGUAAAGAAACCAGGCCAGGAGCUGUUCAAGAGUGAGCUGUCUCAGUACUUUACAGCUCAGGAUCUGUAUGUUGGAGCUACCCUCUGCCUCAACAGUAUCAACUUCCAGCUUCUGGAUGCUGAUGAAUACACAUUCAACUACAUGGAGCAGCAUGCUGAGGAGUUUCCCAAAGCCAACAUGGGCACCAUCCUCAGCAAACUACGGUCCAUUCCAGAGGAGAAACAGAGCGAGAUCAGGAAGUUUGUGACUCUCAGUGACCCCAGCAACACUGGCUUCAUCCCUUUUGAGUCGAUAAGGAGCCUCCUUCUGGGACUGGACUGCGAUCUGUCUGAGCAUGAGGUGCUGGUGCUGGGACGAUGUUUCUCAGAGCGCCAGCAGCCCGAGAUGGACGUGGGUCUGAUGCUGGCCGUGGCCCAGGACUUCCUCAAGAAGCACCCCUUUGAGCAGUUUCCUAAAAUGGCCAGAGCAUUCGCACACCAAGACCGACACAAGACAUGCCGUCUGCCCACAAACCAGAUAAGGACCAUUUGUAAAGCCUUCCACCUUCCCCUGUCCAACAGCCUGCUUGAAGGUCUUCUCAGCGAGUUUGCAGAUGGAGGUGAGAUUGACUACCAUGCCUUCCUUGCUGGUAUUAACUGGGUAGAGCACCCCACUCCGCCAGUAAUGCCCAAAGACAUCUUAAAGUUUGAAGUCAGUAUGAGGUCUGAUGACGGUGGAGCAGCAGUGAAAAACAUCAACUACUCUGCCUUCCUGCAGGAUGUGUUCAGCUUACCCUCCAACAGCGGUGACACCUCAGCAUAGACACACAACCUUACAUCGUGGACACACACACACACACAUUAAUUCCUCAUUCCUCAAUUAAAGAACAUG